AUGGCAUCCAUUCGCCCCCAAUCCAUCCCUCUCCGCGCCCUCCGCACCCUCCGCACGGCGCCAACAGCAACGCGACCAUCGUGCCAACUCCACAUCUCCCCUCUUCUCCCCGCCGUCUCCUGCAGAACUGCCACCAUCCGCAAGCACUCUACAUCUUCCGUCUCUCCUGAUGAGCUGUCGCACUUCUCCGCCCUCGCGAGCUCCUGGUGGGACCCAAUGGGCCCAUCCCGCAUCCUGCACCUGAUGAACCCCCUCCGCCACGAGUUCAUCGCAUCCUGCCUGGCUGAGAGCCCUCCACCUUCCACUGACUCCCAAUCUCCAAAUGCCUCGAGCGCCGCAAAUUUACAUUACAUGGAUAUUGGCUGCGGCGGCGGAAUCUUCGCAGAAUCGCUCGCGCGCACGAUCCCACUAGACCCCUCCGCACCAGCGCCGACAGCCACGCGCGCAGCCUCAAUGACAGCAAUCGAUCCGUCGACGACGCUCAUUCAAAUCGCCCGCGAGCACGCCCGAAUGGAUCCCACUGUGAACGCGCACCUGCGCAGCGGAAAGUUCAAGUACCUGAACACCACGCUAGAAGACGUGCUCGCAUCUUCGUCCCCGUCCUCCGACUCUACACUGUCCGCGACCACAGCACACCCCCAAUUCGACAUGGUGACACUAUUCGAGGUCAUCGAGCAUAUCGACCCAACAACCACAACGCCCCAAGCCUUCCUCUCCAACUGCCUUCGCGCCCUCAAGCCCGGCGGCUGGCUCGUCGGCUCCACUAUCUCCCGCACCUUCCCUUCCUUCCUACUUAACCAGGUUAUCGCCGAAGCACCCUGGCCCAUUGGUGUCGUUCCGCGCGGCACGCACGAAUGGAGCAAGUUUGUUAACCCGCCGGAGCUGCAUGCAUGGGCGCAGGAGGGUCUGAUGCGAGCUGCAGACACGGGAGUGACCCGUGGCGGCCCGAGUGCUCUGGAGGGCAUGAGGUGGAAGUGCAUGGGGACCAUUUACGUCCCCGGACUCGGAUGGAAGAUGGUACCAGGCUCGGAGAGUUGGGGCAAUUAUUUCUGGGCUGUGAAGAAGGGUCUUUGA